AUGGCAGCCAACGGGGCGCCCGUGCUGCAGCAGCGCGCGGUGGCGCAACCCUUCGUCCAGCAACAGGAGCAGCAGGAGCAGCAGGAGCAGCAGCGGCAGCAGCAGCAGCAGCAGCGGUACUGCCUGGUCAAGAAUGGGGAGCUGCUCGCCUGCUCCCAGGGCGCUGGCGCCUGGCUGCAGGCGGCGCCGCGAGGCGCCUACACGACCGCCCGCACCGUCGGCGACGACGGCGCGCGCGUGCUGAAGCUCGCAUCCCACAUCUCCCGCCUUGCCCUGUCUGCAAGCCUGAUGGCGGCCGCCGACUCCCAGCUGGUCACCAGCGAAGCCCCCGCGCCGCCCUCCUUCACGGCUGAGCAGCUGCGGCCCCGCGUCCUGCAGUGCAUGGGCGCUGUCAUCGCCGCCUUCCGCAGCGGCGUGUGCGCCGGCGGCCUGCAGAGCUCUGCGGACAGCGGGGCACCGGGUUUUCAGCAGCAGGCGCAGCAACAGCAGCAGCAGCAGCAGCAGCAGCAGCAGCAGCAGCAGCAGCAGCGGCGGCAGCUGAAGCUUACGCUGCUGAUGACGUGGGGGGACGAGUCAGCCGAGUCAUUUGACCUGUGGUGCCACGGGGAGGCGCUGCCGCCGCGGCCGCGGCCGCCUGUCAAGCUGCAAUUCAGGGGCCUGCCGCGCAGCAACGCGCGCGCAAAGGACAGCGAGUGGGUGCGGCAGCGGCGCGCGCUGGAGCAGGCCAAGCCGACAGACGUCAACGAGGUGGUCCUGGGCACCCCAGAUGGCGACCUGCUUGAGGGUCUGUCCAGCAACUUCUUCGCGCUGCACCGCGGCGUGGUGGUGACGGCAGACGAGGGUGUGCUGAGCGGGACCAUCCGGGAGAUCGUGCUCGAGGCCUGCUCCGAGGUCGGCGUCCCGGUGCGCCUGGAGCCCCCCCGCAUGUCAGACAUAGAGGAGUGGCAGGGCGCCUUCAUCUCAUCCACCUCGCGCCUGCUGCUGCCGGCAGACGAGCUGCUGUGGGCGCCGCAGGGCGACGCGGGGCUCGAGGGUCCAGACCGGGUGCGGGCGUUUGGGGAGCAGCACCCGCUGGUGCGGCGGCUCGAGGCGGCGGUGGCGGAGCGGAUACUGCGGGACAGCGAGCGGGUGCCGCUACCUGAGGCAUAG